GACACUCAUUACUCUAAUGACGGUCCGAUAUUAUCGGGCCGUUUGGCAGCGCAGGGCUGACGGUGACCGUCCGUCUGUCCGUCACUACGAAACAGACCAUCCGACAGGCAACACCAUGGCUACGGGAUACCUCCGCGUCACUCUGGUCGGCCUCGCAGCCAUCGCACUGGCGACGGUGUGCACGGGCUCGACGGAGGGUGAGCUGCUGGUGAACCGGAGGGCGCCCUCGGUGGUCGAGGUGCUGGACCGCCACAUCUUCCAGACCGACUACCCCGAUAAGGACUCCGUCCUCCAGGAGAUGGCCAAAACUGCCUACGUCGACGUCAUGUGUCAAGGAUGUGUGUUCGGGGACGACAGCUGUGGCCCGGAGGAGAAGGUGUCAUUUGCGUUAUAAAUAAUUUUGCAGAGAAGUGAAGGAAAAACCGUGCAAUAUGUGCUCCGUGUUGGUAUGGAUAAUGAAACGCUUUUACCAUGCCAUUGUGGCGGCUUAGAGCUAACACUGUCGUUUGAUAAUCCUUCAAAUGUCACUGCAUGCAUACCCGCUGAGACAAUGAUCAUCAUGACGGCUCUCUUUACUUUGGAUAUUAUUAAAUCCAAGUCUGUGCAAAAGCCAUGUUGACAUCAUGUAUUGAGAACGGAACCCCUCUUAAUCAGUGAUCACAGCGGUGUAGCCCACACAUAGCGGGGCUUGAGUCAAGGUUUUCGGGAGGGUAACGGUACAUACGAUCCUAACAUUUGCAAUGUGAUUAGCAAUGAAGUGUGAAGAAUGGGAACAGCGAUUGCAUUUUCGCAACUCCUGUGGAAAAAGCCAAUGAAUAUAUUUACGUGUCCGAA